AUGUCCUUCGCGAAGAUAUCCUUGGUCUUUUCACUAUCCUUCUUCCUGGGCGUUUCAGCUUGGGGAGGCGACUACAGAGGAGCCUUGUACACUCUUUCCCAAACAGAUGUUCAAGCCAUAUUGAUCUCGACCCUACACCAAAAUGGAACUGCCGAAUAUGUGACUGCAGUUCAGACGGGAGGCAAAGGAGCAGGUGCCAGAGGUACUGAUGCUUUACAAUCAAGUGAUUCGUUACUUGUUCAUGACAACUUGCUGUUUGCUGUCAAUCCUGCGAGUGAUGAAUUAUCUCUCUUCUCGAUCAAUCCAGCAGAACCUUGGGAUAUCCAACAAGUCGGUAAUAACUCAUGGUCAGGGGGUAACUAUCCCACUUCAAUCGCGGUGUCUCCUGAUGGGAACAAAGCAUGCGUUACCAAUGCCGGUUCAGACUCGAAUGUCCGAUGUUUCGAUAUCACUAGGAACGGACUGGAGCUUAUUUCCUCCUUCAACUUCGAUCUCGGGCUCAAUCAGACAAACCCGCCGGUCGGACCUCCCAAGACCCCUUCCGACCUCGCUUUCACUGCUGACGGACAAAUCCUGCUGGUGACCGUCAAAGGUUCCGGCAACGCGACUGAGGGUCCGGCAGGUCGGAUCGAGCUCUUCGACGUGUCUAGUGAUUCGAUUUCUCACAAGUCAACGUUAUCCCCUGCUACUGGUCCAGGGGGAUUACCAUUCUCUAUCACUCCCAUUGCCAAUUCUGGGGCUUACCUUGUGACAGACCCUGCUGUUGGCGCUGAUCUGAUCCGGAUCGAAAGAGAUGGAUCAGUCUCAUACAACGCUUCUAUCACUAUUCCAGGUCAAGCUGCCACCUGUUGGAGUGCCUAUUCUUCGGUAACUGACCAAUAUAUUACCAUCGACCUCGCAGCUGCCAAAAUUACGCCUUUAUCAAUCAACUCGACGACCCUCGAACCGACUUUACUCCCUGGUGUGAAUAUCACUUCCAUCUCCGGAAACCCCGGGUCUUUGGUCGAUGCGAGGAUCGCUCAUUUUUCAGAUCAACAAGAUUACUUGUACUCCCUUGUCGCAGGGGAUCAGACUGUCCGGAUUUUCUCCCUAUCUGCAGGCCAUCAAGCUGGUUUGUCCGACUCUAUUCAGACGUACGAGUUGGGAGCGGCAUUCAGUAGUACUGGAGGUGCUGUAGGGACCAGUAUCGAAGGGUUGGCAGUGUUCCUUCGGCCAUCAUGGUAUUGA